AGCUCUGAAGAACUAGAUUCAAUGACGUCACUUGAAAGUCACAUGACAAAACAGGAAGACAGACGAUCGAUCCCAGACGUCCCGAAACCAGCUGCGGAUUAAAACCGAGUCGGAACCUGGAUUUUACUUUGAAAGAAUCAGCGCGAGGGAAGUAUGGAGGAUGAUGAACUUCCGUCAGAGGAUGGGCUGGGUGGCUGUGGCUCUCUUCCUGCUGCUCAGCAUCAUGGUAGCGUACUACGUCUUUGAGAUCAUCAGUCUAGAGCAGGUACAGAGAGACGGCAUCGACUCAUUGGCACUGCCUCCUGCUGUCUCUGCCCACCUGCCACCACUUCCUCUGUGGGCGUGGGCAUCGGUUUUCCUGGUGCCGUACCUGCAGCUCUUCCUCUUCCUGUUUUCAUGCACGAGGGCAGAUCCCCGUGCUGUCGGAUAUUGCAUACUUCCUGUCUGCAUCUUCCUGCUGUGCAGUCGCCGUGGCACAGCCAAAUCUACCAAUCAGAGAGCUGGAUUGCUUAUUCACAUGUAGAGACAAAUGGACCAGUGUGAUGUCACUUCCUGUGCCUGUAAACAAACACGCCAACAGUUUGAGUGUUCACUGCCCUCAGUACAAACUAACAGGAGCUGCAGGCUGCGGCUGACAGUCCAUGCUGACCAAUCAGAGAGCAGCAUUUUCUGUUUGUUAUUGCUGUAUUUAAUGACAUGACACACUGGUUACCAUGGCAACUUUAAUAUGGCAUCAAUAAAGUAACAAAACACCAUGUUUCACAG